AUGGAAGGGACGGCCGUGCUGUGCUUCCCCGAGUCGGGCGCGUGGUUCCAAGGCUACGUCAACGUGGACGGCGCAUCGCUCGGGCUCAUGGGCGUCGAGGUGCCCGUCGACGACUGCGUGCACUGCCCGCACGGCGGCUACCGCGAAUACAACCUCACCGUCAUCAACUACGAGGUCGACAAGGAGCUAGAAAUCGCCGUGUACAAGACGGGCGGCGAGAGCUGCACGAUCGCCUCGGACGACGUUGGGCCGUCCGUGCAUUUCGAUACGUCCCGCCUCCUAGUGGACAGCGACGCAGCCACGGCCAUUGAAGUGCUCUUUCCGAGCAUCGCGACAGCUGCGUCAUCGCCCGAGGAGCUCUCGGCGUGCGUAGUCUGCUAUGGCACCAUGCGGCUGCCGCACGUGGCGCUGGAGACGAUGGAGCCGCAGCCAUGACACUCUUCUUAUAUCUAUAUACAUAUGCACAAAAUGCGGC